UGAAAAUUUCAAAUUGCGAAAUUUGAUUUGAUUGUACACGUAUUUUGUGAGGGAAGAAGUCAAAGGACAUCACCCACCGUAAUGUAUUCCUCGGAGACCCCGCCGGCGCCGCCGUCGCCGGGCACCGGCGCGGUGCCCCUCUCCUCCGCGGUCGUCGGCCUCCUCCGCUUCGUCCUCUCCUCCCACCUCGCCGCGCCGGACCCCGCGCUCCCGCUCUCAGCUCCCUUCUGCUCCCGCCUCCUCCUCGACGACGAUUCCCUGCUCGAGAAGCUGGCGACCAGCCUCGCCCGCUGCGUCGAGGAGGGGCGGCUCCCGGACGCCACGGCGGCGGGGAUGCCGGCGGGCGAGGAGGGGUCGGAGGAGAGGGAGUGGGAAGCGGUGGUGCUGGAGAAGGGCGCCGAGUUGAAGAGGAUGUAUGAUGCUGUCAAGUUUGAGUUGCAUGUUCAAGAACCAUACUUCACUCAGCUAAGAGCUGGAGCCAAAAAAGUUGAAGGGAGAUUGGCAGCUGGUAAUUACAACCGGAUUGCCAAAGGUUCUUUGCUUCUUUUCAAUAAGUGCCUCUUACUUAAUGUUCAGGCAGUUAGAAAGUAUGGUUCAUUCUCUGAGAUGCUGCAGUCGGAGAUGAUCUCAGAGGUUCUUCCUGGUAUUUCAUCAAUUGAACAAGGGGUGGAAGUAUAUAGGAAAUUCUAUACAGAAGAAAAAGAAAACUUAUAUGGAGUCUUGGCAAUCUCUGUUUCUAAGCCUACUGCUCAACCUUACAUAACCAUGACAGAGCUUAUUGCUGGAUUGGGUUCUGAUGGACUGGGUAGACUCCUCGGUAUGGUGAAAACUGCUGGUACAGUUCAAGAUGGACUACCUCCUCCAAGAUCUGUACUGAUAUCAUCUUGCAUGAAACUACAUCAACCAAAUGUAAAUGGUUGUUCUCUAACUGAUGCUGCAAGGGCAUUGGCCAAACAUGUUCACAGGAGUAGCAAUGGAUGGUGGGGCAGCUUCCAUGGAAGUGAUGUAAAAAAGAACCAACUUGCAUCCGAAAUCAUUGACCGGCUGAUGUGUGAAUGUUGUUGGAUGAAUAUUCAUCUGACUCAACCAUAUGGUCCUGUUUAUGAAAUCCGUGUGCAAGAAGGUUAUGGUGCUAGAUGGUCUCAAGAUGGUUCGAAGUUCAUUGGAUUCUUGGAGCCGUACAGUCCAGAUGGCUUUUCUAAGGGCUGGAAACACUAGAACAAGAUCACCAUGUUGCAGAGUGCUUCUGCACCACUUGUAUAUGUGUAACAUAUUGUACGUCUUGGUCCAGUUGAAUGAAUUUCUUGCAGCAGCUGCUAUGCUAAGCAUUUUUGUACUUUGUACUUGUUUUUAAAUGCUUGUUUUGUUAUUUGGAAUUGCAUCAGAUGCUGGUAGUCUGCUGUUAAUUGAGCAGUUCAUCGGCAGGAAGUUGUAUAACGGAAAUGUAUGACUUUGUUUGAGUUGCUUCAGAAUUUUUACUCCUGAGAUGCAA